AUGUUGCGCGGUUGCCUCCAGCAUCUGAGCGAGAUUUCCUCAUUCAGCGCAGUACAGCCUGCACCCUUCUCCAUCUUCACUGAUAAGGCUAUGGUCAUGAUCAAACCGACACCGGACCCGAUCGCAUCAAUCGGCUCUACGAACAUUAGAACAUUUGCUCACGAUAUGGCCGUCGUCCAGAGGAUCAAUGGCGAACUUAAGGUGAAGACUGAAGGGAAGCUGUCUUGGCUCUUCAUGAACAAGUCUGCCGAGGGAAGCACUGGCAAGACUUACGAUAAGCAGUCGUUGCUAUCCAUAUCACUUAACGCUGCUAAGGCUGCUGAAAUCUUGACACUCUCACCAGCUGCUGGUGGUACUAUAAAUCCCAGUGCCUUCUCCAAGGGAGGGCCCCAAUCUCUCUCCUUCUCACCGGUCACCAAACCCGCUGAUGGGGAGACCGAGGCGAAGCAGGCGGUUCAUAUUGUGGCCACCAAAGCGGCUCAAAGAAUUGAAAUCGACGCUACUCCUGGGGAGCUGAAGGCCAUGCAAGUGCUGAUCGAAUCCGUACUUCCUGCAUUGUAUGGCUGGCGACUAAAUCCGGUGAGCGAGGCGGCCAACGAAAGUCAGGGAAAUAACGCCCCUCCUGCCCCGAGCGUCGAUGACUUCUUCUCCUAA